UAAAUUGCAAAACAACGUACGUAAAAUUACUCAACUAAAAUUUAAACGUUUCAAUAAUUCUUUUUUAAGUUGUUAAUAUCUUUAAAAGAUAAAUCAUUAUCAUGCAUUUAAAAACUAUACUAAUCAUUUGUUCAGUAUGUUUUUUUACUGGCACAAUGAGCAAUGGACUGAAUGCGAAACAAAUACGAUUCUUUCAAAAAUUGAUAUGGCAUUAUGGGGAUAUUAGAAUGAUAAAUCAUACUUUAAAAUGUACUGGUGUUAAUGAAAUUUACAAGUGUUAUAACACUCAUGAGGAAAAAGGCGAAAGACUUGACAAGAUUCUGAACUUUUUGGUUGAAGUUAAUAAGUGGGGUGAUGACAAAAAUGUGGAAAAGCUGGAUAUAAAUGAUGUUAAAAGAAUCUUAACUCAACUCAAUAAAUUUUCCUCCUACAAAUAUGGUCUUCUAUAUGAAGAAGAUUUCCGAAACUUCAUGAAUAAUAAUAUUAACAUUUUUUUAAUUGAAAGCAAGGUAACACUCAACAAUGAAGACAUGGUAAAAAUCAAAAUGGCUAUACGUUAUUUGAUAAAUGAUAUUAACAAAAAUAGGAAUUGGGAUUAUUACGAUUUAGGUGAUGUACUGUUAAUAGUAUUAAAAUACAAGGCAGAAUGUAAUAAAACAAAAUUUGGUGAAAUUAAUGAUGAUGUCAUUCAUGAUAAAUUAAACGAUAUUUCAAAAUAUUAUAAAGCAAACGAUUUUAAAGCAUUUCACGGAGAAUAGAUAUGUUGUAUAACAUUAUUUUGUUAAAGUUUUCAAAAACCCAUGUUUUUAUCAAAUAUUCUAAAAUUAUAAAAAGUUAUAACACCUACAUCCAAUCAUGUAUUGUAGUUUUUUAUUGCUUAAAGUUUAUUUAAAUUUCAUUUUUUAUUUUAUUCUGAACUCUGUGCUAUCACUUGCUUUAUUCUAAUAAUUUAUUAGUAUUAACCUCUUUCAUCUAUUUCUUAGUACAUGUUUUAAAUGUCCCAAGGUCAUUUUGACAUUUGUGUUUUUUGCAUAUUCAUAUGAAUAUUUAAAAGAAACGUUAAAUAAAAAAAAAAUUUGGUUUCA